AUGGAGAAAUCACUGGAGGUUGUUACACUACAAGGUACAUUGAAGCUGGAUCCAGAAUGCUUUGGUUACUGGAAAGUCUCAAUCCAGCAGGUCAUCUCGAGCAUCGACAUGGAAGCUUGGUUUGCAGUGGAGGACGGCUGGUCUCAUCCAACUGAGAAGAAUGAAGAUGGUGAACUGGUGCAGAAACAUCGAAAGAAGUGGACUGCUGAAGAAAAGGCUGAAGCCAAGCACAAUUCGCAGGCCUUGUCAGUCAUCUUCAAAUCUCUACCAAGAGAUAUCUUCAACCAAGUUCAAGGUUGUGUGUUGGCUAAAGAGGCUUGGGACAUUCUCGUAGUCACAUUUGAAGGCACUACUCGAGUUAGGCGCACGAGGUUGGACAAUCUUGCAUCUGAUUUUGAGAAUCUGCAAAUGACUGAAACCGAAUCUAUGGCGGAUUACAGUAGUCGGUUGAGUGGUAUUGCUCAAGAAUUUGUUGUUUUGGGUAAACGAUACAAGGACAAGAAGCUGGUCAAGAAAUUUCUCAUAAGUCUACCUGACAAGUUUCAACCGCAGAGAUCUGCUAUUGAUGUGUCUUUGAAUUCAGACGAGCUCAAGUACAAUCAAGUUGUUGGGAUGAUGCAAGCAUUUGAGAUGCAAUUAAAAAAGAAAGAGAAAAUGAACGCUAAGUCAUUUUCUCUUAAAGCUGUAGAGGAACAGAAGGUUGUUGAAUCUCAGGAGCUUGAAGAUGAAGAGAAGGUUGGUAUGUUGGUUGAGAAGUACUUUCACAAGAUGGAAAAAGGUCAGCGAAAGGGGACUACAUCACUCACGAGUUCUGAUACUGAUAAAGGAUUCAGGAAGAGUGAAAAGUCAGAACGUCAGUGUGCUGAAUGUGAAAGAUAUGGGCAUUACAAGGCUGACUGUCCAAACAACAAAUGUAAGCAAUCUCUGCAAUGCUAUGGAUGUAAGGGUUUUGGUCAUACCAAGACUGACUGUCCAUCACAAGGUAGCAAGCUGAAGUCAUACGUCACAUGGAGUGAUUCAGAUGAGGAAGAUGACAAAGGAGAAAUCCUGAACAAUUUUGUGGCUCUAUUGGGAGUUAUUGAAGAAGAUGAUGGAGAUGAAGCACUACUAUUGAAUGAAACGAUUGUGCAAAAGACUCAAGAUAACAGUGAGCUGUCCGCAGAGAGAGAUACGCUUCAGUUGAACAUUGCAAUGAUAUCCAAGGAACUGAGUGAAGAAAAAUCCAAGUCAUUGCGUCUCGAGAAGCAAUUGGAGGAACAGUUGAAGAACAUCAGAAUGUUAAGUAAAGGCACCAAGGAUUUGGACAUCCUACUCAGCUCUAGCCAAUCAAGCACUGCAAAGUGGGGACAGACCUUUGAGCCGAAACUCCAAGAUCAACCUGGUGCAUCAAAUGGUCAACGCAGUCAGUUCUCCAAGACAAACUUUCAUCAUAGACGGAUGAAUCUACAACAUGAGAUGCCUAAACCACAUCUGUAUGGGACACAUCGCUAUCAACAGCCGAAUCGUGUGACGAAUCUGGUGCAGAAUGGUAGUUUUUAUCCAGCUGCCAGAAGAAUUAAUCAAGGGUAUGUCAGAAGAGAUGAUCUCUACUGUCAUGUUGCAUACACAGCGUGCAAAACUGAAGUUGAUCAGGCUAAAUGGUACUUUGAUAGUGGAUGCUCUAGACACAUGACGGGUGCUCUAGACAAUUUGGCUCAUUUGGAAGAUGUUGCUGGUGGAAGAGUCACAUUCGGAGAUGGAGGAAAAGGCACAAUUCGAGGAAAUGGUGAAACUAGUGGUGACACUCAACCACAACUGAAGGAAGUGUUCUUGGUGGAUGGUCUGAGAGCAAAUUUGAUUAGUGUCAGCCAGUUGUGUGACGAAGGACUGGAUGUCACUUUCACCAAAAAGGAUUGCAAAGCUGUUGAUCAACAAGGGUUUGUCAAACUCAGAGGACGACGGUCUGGAAAUAACUGCUAUAUGUGA